CCCAUAACUCAUCCAAUCUUCCAUUUCUAUCCUCCAGCAAAACCAAGUCGUGCUUCAGGAAACAAUUUGUUCUGGAAUUGUUGGAGGACGACUUGAUUUUCCACGAUAUGCAUCAUUUGCGUCUGUAAAAAUAUGUUUGUGGCUUGAAGAUGAAUUUUUUGCAGCAUACAGCCGACACUCUGGUUUGUUAGACUUGUCAGAAAUCAAUGAUGAUGGCGACGAUAGAGAUGACGACGCAAAUCUCACUGGCUGUGGUGGAAUUGUGAAGUCAUCUGAUCCAGAAAAAUUUGUGUCAUUGACAACAAAGUCAACAGAUAGUUUAUUGGAGCACAUACACACAUUAUCGCAAGAGGCAUUGGAUCAUGCUGAUUUAUCGGUAUUGACAGCAACAAUUGGCGCUGCUGCUCUCAUAAAAAAUUCACUUUAUGUGUAUUUACAAAAUGUCAACAAGACUAUGUGUCCUCCCAAGGGAGAUGACAAGGGUGGAUCGUUGAAGUUGAGCUACAAACAAUUCUCAGAAAUGACAGAAGCACUUGCAGAACGACUUCUCGAUCUCCACUGUCGACUCCUAACCCUCUACAUCAUCCAAGACGCCGAUUGUCUUCACUGGGAAUCCACUCAACCCUUUUUUGAAUCAGAGCGUGGCAGCUACACAAUACAAAUGUGGUGGUUAUAUAUGAAAGGAACACGACAAGAUUUAUGGAAUUCUGUGCCACCAAGUAUGGCACAGAGGGUGUUUGCUGGAAUGUUGAAUGAAACUAUGACGAUUCUCACAGUGAGAUACACCCAAACGGCACCGAGUAAGGCACGGUCUCAAUUAUUGCUCGUUGACAUUUCAAACAUUCUACUUUGUGUCGCUGAACUUUUACCAUCGAUUUGUGAGCAUGGCGAGGCAUACAUUGGCCUCAAUAUUACGAAUCAGAGUAAAAUUAUUCGAGAUAUUCAUGCAAAGUGUCAUGAACUUUUCUGUUGUUUAUUGCUGCGUGGUGCCCCAAUUGGCAUACUUUAUAAGCUUUUAAAAAAAGGAACGCAGUCUGUCGGUAUGUUUAUGCCUCGUAAAGGAUAUCCAAGUCCGUGGCUUAUUUAUGCAUGGCCUCAAAUGUUUCCUCCAAAUUUAAAUGGACACCUUGCAACAAAAGUCAGUGAAUUUGGCACAUUUGCAGCACUUACAAUUGAACUGAAAGUUUUGCUUGCAUCGCCUCAAGCAAAUUGGCCACUUCUUAUUAAAGUUCUUCUCAUGCGUGACGCUCACUUAUCGCAAAUAAUUUUUCAUCAUCUUAUGAAAUAUUUACCAACAUGCGACGAGUUUGUUGACAGUCACAUGCAGCCAUGCAUGAAUCAAGAAGGCCUAAGGACAAAAUGUGAUGGCUUUUUGUGCGGAAAAGAAUGCAAAGAUAUAGCAGAGUGGGCAGCAACACAAAAAGAUCCCUACAAGCAGACCAAUUAUCAAACAAUCUUGGCAUUAAGCUAUAUUGUGAUAAUGACGGGAAAAGUUAGCGAUAUAAAUCGAACAUUAAUAUCAGCAUUGGACAAGACUCAAAUAAUAAAUUGGGCUCACUGCUUGGAUCGUCGUCAAGUUUGGAAUCAAAAGCGUCCGCCAUGGCUUGAAGCCAUCAUACAUUUGGUUUAUCCAAUUUUAGAUCCAAUUGCACACAUGUUGAUAUCGGCGAUGCAAACAGGUGCUAGCAAUUAUCAAUCGAUGGCAUUGGCUAUAACGUGCUUUUCAGAAAUGUGGGAUGCAAUACCUGAUUGUCUAUACACAGUUAUAAUGUGCAUUGUUGAAAUACUUCCGGCAGACAUAAAACCACUCGGUGAUUCCGUUCUUAUUCAAAUUCUUUUCUGUGCAUUAUAUACGAAACUAUUGGAAUGCGCAUCUUUUGAAGAACCUGAAGGUGAUGUUCCCGUAGCUACUAAUGAAGUCGAUCCGAAUGUUGUUGUACGUUCAAAGCGAACAGUUUGUCAAGUUCUGGCUGAAUGCAUUUGUGCUAUAGAUGAGGAUAACAAGCAUACGGAAUUACUCAAUGCACUCGUAAAUCAAUCUGUAGAAAGUCAAAAGCGAAUGCGAACACUUGAGUCCGAUUUAGAUCCAAAUAAUGUCGAUGGUGAUGAUUUAGAUGUUGGUGCAGCAGCACCACAUGAGGCACGUUCGGAUGAAGAAUAUGAUGUAGAAAAUGCUGAUUAUAUUUCUGAAGUGCUGGCGAGUGACGUGCUUACGACGAGUGUGGGCAAGCAAAGUGUUAAAAUGAUGUAUAAAUACAUCAAGUAUAAUGUGGAAUUUUUAUUACAACAGCUCAAUGUCAGUGAUGUGGAUCCAGAUCCAAACGAUCAAUAUCCAGGUCAGAAAAUAACAGAAGAGAAACCGAAUCUUUUGACUUUAAUGUUUCAUAUUGGACAUCAGCCAUUUGAUCAACUGCUUACUGGACAAAUGAAUGUUGAUUACAUGAACUGGCUACAAACGCCAAUGUCAUUGACACCAGAACGAGCUUGGCUUCAAAUCUGUCAACGUUAUGAGUUUCAAGAAAAUGUACAAUUGUCAGCACAUGAACAGCUUAUGGUUCAGUCUGUCACAGCACAAUUGAAGAGAUAAAAUGAUUAUGGAUGUUUUUUUUUAUAGCUUAUUGUCUAUUGAAGAUGAAGAUGAAUUUAGAGCAGUUCUGGUAGAUAAAAAUGAUUGAAUUUUAUGAUGAUUUGUUUUUUGUUUGAUGUUGUGCAUUAAAGAUUGUCAUUG